ACUACGCUCGAACAUAAACAAAGGCAGGACGUUGUUCUGCAAUUAAGUGUACUGCCUUUUUAUUUUACAUAAUAAAAAUACUGAAAAAUUGGAGUGCGGUUCAUCUCUGGAGCCAUGGAAAACGCAUUACUGAUGCGAGUGAGUGUGUUUACCGACCAAGGAGGCAGGAAGUACAUGGAAGAUGUGACCGAGGUCAUAGUAGAGCCUGAGCCGGGAGAAAAUGAGCCGACUACGGGUGAAUCAGAGGAGAACAGUCGAAGAGACUGUAUGUUCAAUUCUCAGGCUGGGGACAUUCAUCCUGACCGGACUGAUAAAACCGCGGGGUCCCCGCAGGUUUUAAACACAUCCUGUGAACCGCUACGAAUAGAAGACGGGGGCAUAUCGAUAGAGACACCACCACCACCAGGAGGUCCGAACACGCCGCAAAUUGGACCGAGCACCGCAAGUUGUUCCCGCCGCUCUGUAGCAUUCUUCGCUGUCUUUGACGGUCACGGGGGUCGUGAGGCUGCACAGUUUGCCCGGGACUAUUUGUGGGAGUUCAUGAAGAAACAGCGGGGAUUCUGGUCAGACUGUGACCGGGAGGUUUGUUCUGCCAUACGCAAAGGAUUUGUAGCAUGCCACCACGCUAUGUGGAAGAAGCUGCCUGAAUGGCCAAAGACACUCACAGGCCUUCCUAGUACAUCAGGUACCACAGCCAGUGUAGUAGUCCUCAGGGGAAACCGCAUGUAUGUGGCCCAUGUUGGGGACUCUGCGGUGGUUCUAGGUGUUCAGGAUGACCCUUCAGUCCCAUUCAUCAGAGCUGUGGAAGUCACACAGGACCAUAAACCAGAAUUACCCAGAGAGAGGGAGCGUAUUGAAGGACUAGGAGGGAGUGUGAUCAAGAAGUCUGGAGUGAAUCGGGUGGUGUGGAAAAGGCCCAGACUCAGCCACAAUGGUCCAGUCCGUCGCAGCACCGUGAUUGACCAGAUACCAUUCUUGGCAGUAGCUCGAGCUUUAGGCGAUCUGUGGAGCUAUGACUUCUAUAGUGGAGAGUUUGUUGUUUCUCCCGAGCCUGACACUAGUGUGGUGAUCCUUGACCCCAAAAAACAUCGCUACAUCAUCCUGGGCAGCGAUGGUCUUUGGAACAUGGUGCCACCUCAAGAGGCCAUCUCCAUGUGUCAGAAUAAUGAUGAGGAAAUGGCACCAUGCGGGGUCUCGAGUGCCAGGCAGCUGGUCAGCCAUGCUCUGCUGCGGUGGCGCCAGCGUAUGUUACGUGCAGACAAUACAAGCGCCAUAGUGAUUGCCCUGCAACAACCUGGGACCUGCCAGGACACCCUGCACCACGAGGAAGUGCUGCUCGACCUAGCCAAGGUGUCUCAGUGCCCUCCCACCUCCAUAUCCCGUGCAGACACUCCUCUCAUUCAGCGACUUCCUGAGGAAGACUCUCCCUCAGCCACAUGUGAGCUCCUCCCUGCCUUGGAGCGACGAGAUGGACUAUCGGGAAGCAGCAACCUUUAUCACGGGAAUCUCUCUGACCCGUUUGCUCUGACUCCAUUGUGUUCAAACAGCCGCACUGAGCUGCCCACUCUGUCCAGUGCAACGGACAGGACUGUUGGCAGCAGGACGCACACCAGCAAAAGAACUAUUGAUGGAUCAUCAGCACCAUCAGGCCUGCUGGCAAAGAAAGCCCGGCGCAGGACUGCCGAAAGACCGCCGCUGGUUCAACACAAUGCAGAGAAGAAGCAGAAAGAGUCUAAUAACGUCUCCCCCAUUCUCCAGCAGCAUAACAGUACCACAGUGUGCGUGUGCUAAAACACACGUGCACACACCUACACCCAACGCCAACCUGCUGCCUCCCACUGUCACUAUUUCCAGUGGUGCUUCUGUUCUGUCCUGUGGAGGUCGUGGAGAGACUCGUUGUUGCUCGACACUCGAACGUUCAUCCCUUAUAAAAGUUUGUUUCCGAUGAAUUUUGUGUCUUUGUUUUUAAAUUCCUUCCUGAAAUGCUGAUGAAAUGUGUCUUAUGUCACCUCUGUUUCUGGUAACAGUGCUGGUGUAAAAUCUUAUGCAUUUUAUAGCAAGUACUGAAAAGUAAGUUGAACUGUUCAGUUAAAACAAAUAUAUAUAUUUUUAUACAUUCUUUUAUUGUAUGAUGAUGAUAGGGGAAAGUUCCUUUUAGAUGAGCUCCACCUCUGCUUUCACCUCCAACUCAUCACUCCGUCAACACAAUUGUGUGCACACCCUGUGUUAAACAUAUUUAUGUAUUAUUAUCAAUUUAUUUAAUCACUGGAGAUUUGUCUUGAAUAUAAACUCAAGGUGCUGCUACAGUCACAAACCAGUAAGCUAUUACAUUGUGUAUGUUGCUAUAUAAAUACAUGUAAUGUUUUUUUAAAGUACUGAUUUGACAUAACACCCCCCCCCACCCCCCAAAAAAAACAGUGUCUAAUAGUUAAAGAUCUUAAUUGCACUGUGCAUCUUAAGGGAUAAAUCCCCCCCAGUUUGUAAUGAAGCAUUACAGUUGUGUGGUGUCUUGCCUGCUCCACCUACUCAUAUUCCAACAGCCCUCUGCUUCUGCACGUGUCUAUAAAUCGAUGAGCAUCUCUAAAGGUGUCUGAAGGUUUCUUCAGUUUGGAGGCACUGAACAAAAAUGUUUACAAGUAACAUUUAUUGGAUCAUCCUGCCACCGUUGUAGCUCAUUUGUAAGAGAACACCACCCCCUGUUGUGUUGUUUAGGCUGAUUGAUAGGUUUCUUUAACCUGCUCCUUCCUACAUGCCAGUGUCCCUCCAUGCUGCAGCUGCAGUUGUGCUGUUAUCGAUGUAUGCACAAGGCUCGUUUGUGAUUAAAUACACUCUGCAUAGAUGGGAGUUUGUAACAGAAUUGUUUUGCGCUAUUAUGGUGACCUUAAUUGUCUUUUGAAGGUAGUUUUUUGUUUUUUUUGUUUUGUUUUUUUUUAACAAUGCAGCUAGUCUUGGAUUUUAUUCUGAAAUGGAGAAGGUCAAGUAAUAAAUAAUCAAAUCCUUUUAGAAUGGAUUCCUCACUGAGCUGAGUGUAGUUAGAAAAACGUGACAGUGCCCUGUAUGAUUCUGAUAAUUCCUGCAAGACCAUUACACAGGAAAGAUGAACAUUUCAGUCUUUGUUACAUGAUAAUGUAUCUUCACUGAGCUAAGUGCAAUUUCUGACAGGACUUUGUAGCAUUAUGGGUUGUUUGAAUCAUACAAUGGUGAGACAUGCUCUCUGCAAAUACAGUCUGUUGCUUGGCUUGGAAUUCCUUGAUUCUGAAUUUGAUAUAUUUUUGAGAAUUCCCUUCAGUCUUUGUCUCCUCAGUAACUCUGUUAAAUACUCACCUCCCUGAUUCAGAAAGCUGUGCUAACAGCAAAAAAGUGCAUGUGUACAGUGUAAAUGUGAAAAACACUUAUCUGGCAAUUAACCUAUUUA